UGGACGGGACUAUCCAGCGGGCAGCCUCUCCCAACGAUGAGUCCUAUUACCAACCACUGUCCUGAACCAAAGGGAAAGUGGGGCAGUGCGGAGACCCAGAGAGGGGAGCGGAAAAAAGCUUGAACGAGAGUUCCGGGAGUGCAGGGCAGUCUGGGAGUUGUGGUUCGUGACCGCUGUAGGACGCGCGCCUGGCGGAAGCAGUCCAGAAAGGCGGGCGGAAGUAGGACCCUGAGGUGCGGGGAUCGUUGUAGAGGCGGCAGCGGCUGGGAGAAAGCCCAUUGACAGCUUUCCAAAGGCCUGGGAGUUGGCUGGACGAAAGCGCGGUCCGCGCCCAGAGAUUCUAGUUCCCUUGCGGUGGGCGGUACCGGCUUCCCCGACAUGCUCGGGCAACUGCGGAGUGUGAUUGACUGCGGGCGCGGGGCCUAGGGAUGAUCUUCCCGGUCACCCAAUACGUGUUCCGUUGGCUGCGACAGUCUACAUGCCGUGACUUGUCCCGCUCCGCCAUGGAAGUUGCCUUCCGAGGCGUGCGGAAAGUCCUCUGUGUGGCCGAGAAAAAUGACGCGGCCAAGGGUAUCGCGGACCUGCUGUCCAACGGUCGCAUGAGGCGGAGAGAAGGACUUUCUAAAUUCAACAAGAUCUAUGAAUUUGACUAUCAUCUCUAUGGACAGAGUGUUACCAUGGUGAUGACUUCAGUUUCUGGGCAUUUACUGGCUCAUGAUUUCCAGAUGCAGUUUCGAAAAUGGCAGAGCUGCAACCCCCUAGUCCUCUUUGAAGCUGAAAUUGAAAAGUACUGCCCAGAGAAUUUUAUAGACAUCAAGAAAACUCUAGAACGAGAAACGCGGCAGUGUCAGGCCUUAGUGAUCUGGACUGACUGUGACAGAGAAGGUGAAAACAUUGGGUUUGAGAUUAUCCAUGUGUGCAAGGCUGUGAAGCCUGGUCUACAAGUGUUGAGAGCCCAUUUUUCUGAGAUCACACCACGUGCUGUCAGGACAGCCUGUGAAAACCUGACUGAGCCUGAUCAAAGAGUCAGUGAUGCUGUGGAUGUGAGGCAGGAGCUGGACCUAAGGAUCGGAGCUGCCUUCACUAGAUUCCAGACCCUGCGGCUUCAGAAGAUUUUUCCUGAGGUGCUGGCAGAGCAGCUCAUUAGCUAUGGCAGCUGCCAGUUCCCGACACUGGGGUUCGUGGUAGAAAGGUUCAAAGCCAUUCAGGCUUUUGUGCCAGAAAUCUUCCACAGGAUUAAAGUAACUCAUGAUCACAAAGAUGGUACCGUAGAAUUCAACUGGAAAAGACAUCGUCUGUUUAAUCACACAGCUUGUCUUGUCCUCUAUCAAUUAUGUAUGGAGGAUCCCCUGGCAACUGUGGUGGAGAUCAGGUCUAAGCCAAAGAGCAAGUGGAGGCCUCAAGCAUUGGACACUGUGGAGCUGGAGAAGCUGGCUUCUCGCAAGUUGAAAAUAAAUGCUAAGGAAACCAUGAGGAUUGCUGAAAAGCUCUACACUCAAGGGUACAUCAGCUAUCCCCGAACAGAAACAAAUAUUUUCCCCAAAGACCUAAACUUGAUGGCACUGGUGGAACAGCAGACCCCAGAUCCACACUGGGGGGCCUUUGCCCACAGCAUUCUCGAGCGGGGUGGCCCCACCCCACGCAACGGAAACAAGUCUGAUCAAGCUCACCCUCCCAUCCAUCCCACCAAGUACACCAGCAACUUGCAGGGAGAUGAACGGCGACUAUAUGAGUUCAUCGUCCGUCAUUUUCUAGCCUGCUGUUCCCAAGAUGCUCAGGGGCAAGAGACUACUGUGGAGAUUGACAUUGCUCAGGAACGCUUUGUGGCCCAUGGUCUCAUGAUUCUGGCCCGAAACUACCUGGACGUGUAUCCCUAUGAUCACUGGAGUGACAAGCUCCUCCCUGUCUAUGAGCAAGGCUCUCGCUUCCAGCCCAGCACUGUGGAAAUGGUGGAUGGGGAGACCAGCCCACCACAACUGCUCACUGAGGCUGACCUCAUCGCCCUCAUGGAGAAGCAUGGCAUUGGUACUGAUGCAACUCACGCAGAGCACAUCGAGACCAUCAAAGCUCGGAUGUAUGUUGGGCUCACCUCAGACAAGCGGUUUCUCCCAGGGCACCUGGGCAUGGGACUUGUGGAAGGUUACGAUUCUAUGGGCUAUGAAAUGUCCAAGCCAGACCUCCGGGCCGAGCUGGAAGCUGAUCUGAAGCUGAUCUGUGAGGGAAAGAAGGACAAAUUUGUGGUUCUAAGGCAGCAGGUGCAGAAAUACAAGCAGGUUUUCAUUGAAGCAGUGGCUAAGGCAAAGAAAUUGGAUGAGGCCUUGUCCCAAUACUUUGGGGAAGGGGCAGAAGUGGCCCAGCAAGAAGAGAUCUACCCAGCCAUGCCAGAGCCCAUCCAGAAGUGCCCACAGUGCAACAGGGACAUGGUCCUCAAGACCAAGAAGAGUGGUGGGUUCUACCUCAGCUGCACGGGUUUCCCAGAGUGUCGAUCGGCUAUAUGGUUUCCUGACUCUGUGCUAGAGGCUAGCAGAGACGGGAGUGUAUGUUCAGUUUGUCAGCCACCCCCUGUGUACAGGUUGAAGUUAAAGUUCAAGCGUGGCAGUCUUCCCCCAACCAUGCCCCUUGAGUUUGUUGGCUGUAUUGGUGGAUGUGAUGAAACCCUAAAGGAGAUCAUGGGCCUGAGAUUUUCACGGGGGCCCCCCAGAGCUAGCCAGCCUGCCAGCCAGCCCUCUGGCUACCUGCAGGCAAGCCAGUCCCUGAACAGGAUGGACGCCAGCCAGCACAGCCAGCCGCAGCCUCCUGCCAGCAGACAGACUAUAACCUCAAAGGCUCUAAUCCAGACUCUCCCACCACCUGCAGCAACAGGUGAAAACAACUCCAUUACCUGCAACUGCGGCCAAGAAGCUGUGCUGCUCACUGUCCGAAAGGAGGGCCCCAAUCGAGGCCGGCAAUUCUAUAAAUGCAGCAGCAACAGCUGCAACUUCUUCCUGUGGGCUGACAGCAGCCAUGUUGGAGAAGGAGAGGCUCCUACCUCUAGUUCAAGGCCCCCAGGCAGCUCACUGGGACGCCCACCAGGCUCACUGGGUGGGUUCAGCAGACCCGGCAGUGGCAGUGGCAGUGGCAGUGGCGGCAAUGGCAACACAUCCUGCCUAUGCAACCAGCCUGCUGUCACACGGACUGUGCAAAAGGAUGGACCCAACAAAGGACGCCAGUUCCAUACAUGUGCCAAGCCAAGAGAACAGCAAUGUGGCUUCUUUCAGUGGACUGAUGAGAAUGUGGCCCCAGGGGAGGCAGGGACUUUUGCAGCACUACCCUGGCCAAGAGGCAGAGGAAGAACGCAGGGAUCAGAAGCUAGGAGCAGAAGACCCCGAGCUGGCUCCUCAGACACAGGGUCCACGGCAAAGAGACCCCGGAAAUGCAGUCUUUGCCAUCAGCCAGGACACACCCGGCCUUUCUGUCCUCAGAACAGAUGAGGGCAUGGCAGGGUAAGAGAGCAACUUUCUCAGACCAGGGACCAGGUUAACUAGAAUAGUUAACUGUUCACAGUCCUUGAAACAGGAGUGAUGGGUUUUAGAAUUGGGUUUUAUGUGAAGAAGCAAAAGGUCAGACCACUCAACUGGCUCUGCUAGACCAUAGGCCUCUACCCAGAACUCAGGAAUGCACACAGCCAUUGUGAAGAAGUCAGGCAGCUGUCCCAGGACCCCCAAGAACUGUCACUGCUAGCAAAGGGUGGCGAAGCUGGCAGCAGAGGACAUAACCGAUGACAUCUGUGUGUUCCCCACUAUGGCUUACUGUGCUGCAGAGCUGCCUUUGCCUGAGUGAGGAGCUGCACUCCUGACUCAAGCCCUGGCCAAUUGGACAGGGCUUCUGUCUGCAGCCAUUCCAGAAAGGAGGUUGUAAUGCCAGGAAGUGGCCCUCCUACUACCAUUAUUUCUCCAGAAGCUUCAUUUCUGCUUCACCUAGAAUUCAGGAUACCAUGGCUCAUGUGCCUUAAUAAAGAAUUCAACCCCACUUACUCUGACUGCUGACAGUACAGCAGAGUAUCUGGUAACAGUCCUAAGAGUGACAGCACAAGCACCAUCCAGUGCCAGAAACAGCUCUCCACCUGCCACUGCUCCUGGUGGCCAUCAACCAGCCCAGCCUUUCCUCCCUACCACUAUGUGGUAAGAACUGACCCUAACUUCUGCCCCCCCGCCCCCGAACUUUGUCCCUUGGAGCAGAGGUACCAACCCAAGAUUCAGAGCACUAAUUUUCCAUUUUCCACACUUGCCAAGAAUGGCCUUAUUCCUUGUUGGCCACCACAAACACUCAUGAAUGAUACAUAGCCAAAUUGGCUCUGACUUUGUCUUUUUGUACCAGGGAUUGAACCCAGGGUUGCUUAACCACUGAGCCACAUCUCCAGCCCUUUUUGUAUUUUAUUUAGAGACAGGGUCUCAGUUGCUUAAGGCCUCAGCCUCCCAAGCCACUGGGAUUACAGGUGUGUGCCACCAUGCCUGGCUUGGCUCUGGGUAUAGUUUAGAAGAGAAGCAGAAAUGGGGUGUGAGUUACCCAGUCAGUGAAGAAACUGAUAUUCUUCUCAGGACUUGGGACUUUUGGCUUUGCACCCUGGCUGGGCAUUAGGGUCAAGGGUUUCUACAAAUGCAGGUUUCUGACCUUGUUUUCUAGAGCAUCUCAGCCUGCAGGUAUGGGUUGUGGCCUGUGUUUGUGGUUAUUUUUCUACCCCAGACUCUGGCAACCACCCACCUUACUGAUUAUCUCUGUGGGUUUACCAAUUCUAAUGUUCCAUAUAAAUAGAGUAAUAAGUAUGACCUGCAUCUGACUUAUUUCACUUGGCAUAAUGUUUUGUGGUUUAUCCAUAUUGUAACAUGGAUCAGUACCUUUUUUUUUAUGGUUGACUAUAUUAGUCCUCAUGGAUAAGGGGACUGAAAGUUUGAGUAGUACCAAAUCUUAUAUACAUAUACUAUGUGGAAUUUUUUGUUGUUGUUUUUUGUGGUGCUGCGGAUUAAACCCAGGGCCUUGUGCAUGUGAGACACGCACUCUACCAACUGAGCUAUAGCCCCAGCCCAACUAUUUGGGUUUUACUUUGUGGUAUUGGGGAUGGAACCCAUGGUCUUGUACAUGUUAGGCAGGUGCUAUACCUCUGAGUUACAAACCCAGCCCUAUACUUUAUUUUUUCAUAUGAAUACAUAGCUACAAUAAAGUUUGUAAGUUAGACACAGUAAUAUUCAAAAAAAUUUAUUGAGCUGGGCACAGUGGCACAUACCUCUAAUCCCAGUGGCUCUGGAGGUUGAGGCAGGAAGAUCACAAGUUCAAAGCCACCCUCAGCAACUUAGUGAGACCCUGUCUCAAAAUAAAUAAUAAGCUGGGGAUGUGGCUCAGUAGUUAAGCACCUCUGAGUUCAAUCCCUGGAACAAAAAAUAAUAACAACAUUGAGAUGGGGGUAUGAAGUGGCAUCUCAUUGCACUUACAAUUUGCAUUUCGCCAGUGGAAUUGACCAUCCUUCCAUGUGUUUACUGGCCAUUGUAUAUAUUCUUUGGAGAAUUUUUGUUUUUGUAUAGUACUGGAAGUAGAACCCAGAAUUUUAUACAUGCUAGGCAAGCAUUCUACCACCAAGCUACAUCCCCAUUUUUCCCCUUUGGAGAAAUACUAGAAGGUCCUGUUUUGGAAAAACCCAGUGUAUGAGAACCAGCCACCAAAAGCAGAAGGUGCUGAAAGACCACAGACAAAGGCUGACAAAUCCAGGCUUGCACAAAGUAUAAUUUAUUAGGAACUUAGGAAAAAAACAGGAUAUAUGGCAGCAGCAAAACCCCAAAGCAGAAAGAAGCAGGGGACAUUAUAUACCUGGGUUUUUCAAAAACAACAUAUCCACCAUCAAUUAAGAAACAAUCCCAGUAUCAGUGGCCAGUAUGCCACACUCAGUAACUGUGUCCCAUAGGGUUUGAGAGGAAUGCCAAGGUCAUUUGGUACGCAAAAUGAUGGUUAUGACCAAGAUCAUAACCGUGUAAUCUUGUCAAGAUAAUUCCUCAUAAGUCCUUUACCACAUUGGGUGGCUGGGGCCUUUCACAUGCCGGGCAAAAAAUGUUCUGCUGAGCUAUGCCCUAUUUGUCUACUCAGAUCCUGGCUCCUCUCAUCUGUGAUGGGGUGUUCUUGUUCAACAUGAGGUUCUUUGGUGGAGUAUUACAGUUGGGCCCAAUCACAGUGAAAACUUAACAAUAAAUCCUGUUAAGGAGUU